GAGCUCUCAUAUAAUAAUUAAUUUAAAUUAUUUAUUCUAUAAUUCUGUACUCCUAAUUUAUGGAAUAAUACUUGCUAGGCUUACCACACUUGUUGCAAUAUAAAUCUUACCACAUAUCCAAUUACAAGAAAAAUAUCACUCUGCACUUGAACAAUGGAUCACAAUCUAUCUGAAAAUUUGGCUAAUCUUGAAAAAAUAUUUGAUUCACGUCUGCGUCAGUAUGAUGAAAAGCUUCAGAAGGUUACCACUGGUUCCAAUGUAGUUAAUCCUGACAUCGCAGCACUGUCACGUGAGUUCUACGAAUUCAAGAACUUUAUUUUUGAUGCAUUGAAGGCAAUAAAACAACAACUUCAGCUGCUUACUGCAAGCCAUGAUAGGCAUGAAACAGCUAUGCGACGGAAAGUGUUACUCUUCCAUGGCAUUCCAGAGUCUCAAAAUAGUAACCCAACAGAAGAGGUUCAGCAGGUGAUUGCCCACAAACUCAAGCUUAAUGAGUUCAAUAGUGAGGGACUAGUGGUUUGUCACAGACUUGGCUCUUCUUCAUCCAAAACACGUCCUAUUCUGGUUCGCUUUAAUGACUAUGAACAUCGUCACCUCAUAUGGGAAAAUAAGUCUGCUUUGAAGGGUUCCGGAGUAACAAUUUCAGAAUUUCUAACAAGAAAUCGGCACAGUAUUUUUAUGGCUGCUCGUAGGCAUUUUGGAAUAAAAAACUGUUGGUCAUCUGAUGGUAAAAUAAUCAUUUGCCUACCUAACAAAAGUAGAAGGCGAAUUGAAACCGAAUCAGAGUUACAUUCACUCAUAGAAUUAUUUCCAUCAAGUGCCUGCGAUAACACCUCUGAAGCAAACCCCAUAGCAUCAGCGGCAUCAUCGAAAACCCCCAAUGAAGUGUCUGCUCGAGGAGUUAAGAAAACCAAGCGUCGGGUCUGAUGUGUAAUGAUGUAUUGGGAUCAUUUGUGGAGCAUUGCAUUGGAUCUGUUUUAUUAGUGCAUUCUUUGUUGCGUCGUCGGGUAAUGCUGAUCUCUUGCAGGUAGGUAAAAGAUGAUUUCCAUUUAAAUCUCCGUUACUCAUCUUCAUAAUAUUUUAUUGCACUUGACGGUGGACACAGAAUUUAGUAACGGACACAUUUAACUUUAACUUUGAGAAUCAUAACAUCCACUUU